CCUCACUCGUGGACCCCACAGCAAAAUUCAUUCUCCAUUUCCAUUUGGAAUAGGAUAUACACAAGAACCUUCCAUAUAUUGGGACCCAUUGCCCAUACCCAUACCCAUACACAAAACACAACCUUUUCAUAUAUAUAUUCACUCACAUUCACUGUAGAAAAGGGGGAUUUUCUUCUCCUUCAAGAAUAUUCACGCAUCAUCCUCACCGGAACUCCAUUCUUCACACACAUCUAUCACCGAACAUACAAACCCAAUAAUUAAAAAAAAUGAUAGAAUUGAGGGAGGAAGAGAAUCGGGACAGAGAGCAACACAGUGAAGAAAAAGAGUAAAAUCAGGGAAAUGAAAUAGAGAGUUAGAUCGAAAGGGAGAAAGAGAUCGAGGGAGAGAGAGCGAGGGAGAGAGAGCGAGGGAGAGAGAGCGAGAGAGAGGUCGAGAGAGAGAGAACGAAAAGAGAAAAAACGAUGGGGGUGUUGUUUGACUGAAAUCCGGCGGAGAAACUGGAAAACAUCGAGAGACCGGUUCUUUUUUGUAUUUUUCAUCGAUAUUUCCAUCAAAAUCGACGCCAUCGGGGGUAUAGUUUGUCCGUUCAACGAGUUCAGUUCGAAAUCCCCAAAAAUUUUCUCCAUUUUCCGUUGGUUUCCAGCUGAAUCUGGUCUGAAAUAUUGAACCCGCAGUCGGGGUGAUGCAAUCGGAGUUGUUUCAGUCUAUUCCAACCAACUCCCAUCUGACAGCGAUAAAAAAAAUCAAACGGGUCAGUUGGUUCAUUCGGUUCAAUUGGAAUUUUUGUUGGUUUGUUCGAGUUGGGGUUCGACGUUGAGGGUCCAGUUGGGUUGAGGUUCCAUUGCUCCGUGAAUUCUGAUCCAUCACUGAUUGUUUGGAAUAAAAUCAAUGAGAAGGAUGGAUCUAUCCACAAAGUCUAGAGUUCUUAUGGUUGUCAAUGUACCCAAAAAGUUGAUCAAGUGGUGGAGCACGUUCAAUUACCUUGAAACGCACGAAGUGAAGAAAGUGUUAGGCAAUCUUGUAGCACUCAUGGAUCUCACGCCUCGUCCGGAUCUAAUAGAAGCUGCGUUGACUUUCUGGGAUCCAAAUAAUUUGGUGUUUAGGUUCGAAAGUUGUGAAUUGACUCCUACCCUGGCAGAAGUGUCUCGUUUUUUUUGGUUGACUUACAUGGUUCAACAGAUGAUUUUAGCCCGCAAUCAUACUCGUAAGAAAUUCCUUCGACUCUGUGGAUUAAAACAUAACAAGCAUCUGGGAUGUCUCAAACAAUCUUCGAUUUCCUUGGACUAUUUUUUUGCUAGAUUUGGGUCCUUAGAGGGUUUCGACUUCUUUUGGGAUGAAUUUUGUACUACCAAGAAAAUCUAGGAAUAACGUCGUCUUGAGAUUUUC